GCUUGAUGCACAUUUGUUUUACAUAAACUUUAAAAUACUAACAUAAUGAAUAUAUUUGCAAUUUCUUUCCUCAUUUUUUAUUUUCAAUUAAUUAAUUCUAACGGAAAUGUAAUAAUAGAUCAAGUAAAAUGUUUAGGCGCUGUGUUAAAAGGUGGAUGUCCGAAUAAAAAGGUAACUUUUUGGCUAUACAAUAAAAACGCACAGGAUUAUUUAUUAGACGAAUUUAAUAAAACAACUAUUUCUAAUGCUCCUUGGGUUCCAAAUACUAAAACCGUUUUAAUUUUACAUGGUUAUACUAGAAAUAAAUCAGUAGAACCCAAUAUAUGGCUUAGACCUGAAUAUAUGACAAAAGGCUAUAAUAUAAUUUCCGCUGAUUAUCCGAAAGCUGUACCAGAUCCUUGUUACGUGCAAUCAGCGGUAAAUGUUCGUAAAAUUGGAAAAUGUACCGCUGUUUUUAUAGAAACACUUUUAAGCAAAACCAACGGUAAAGUCGAAUUAAAUAAAUUACUUGUCGUCGGGUUUAGCCUAGGCGCACAUGUUGCUGGAAGGGCGGGAAGUGAAUUAAAAAAAAAGAAGAUUACUUUAAAUAGAAUAGUGGGUCUUGAUCCAGCGUUUCCUUUAUUUAACGGCCCUUUAAAUUUAAUAACCAAGAAUUCAGCAAACUUCGUUAUGAUAAUCCAUACAAACAUGUUUGCUUUUGGAAAUCCAGAAUUUUCUGGUCACGUUGAUUUUGUUGUUAAUUAUGGUAUCGUACAACAACAUUGCCUUGAGAAACAAUAUAUGAGGAGUCCAGUAGAAUUUAUAGAGUGUAAUCAUGAUAUGGCACCACAGUAUUAUGCGGAAUCAAUUAAUUCCGAAAAGUUCUUUUGUGGGGAAUCUUUAGAUAAAAAGAAAUAUGCUGUAAUGGGGGAAAAUACUGCAUAUGGGACGACUGGAGUUUAUCAUGUAAUAACUAAUAAUACUGCACCAUUCGCUAUACAUUCUACUUGUAAUUUAACAAAAUAAACUAUAUAAUUUUGAUAUAUUUAUACAAAUAAAUAUAUUUUGUUUUGA